CCCAGGAGAUGAACCCAGCCUGGUCCAUGUUGGGGCAAAAGGAAGGCCAGAUGAGAGGGAACACUCCAGCAGGGCCCUACAGUCUCCCUAGGCAGAGUCUGAUCCCCAGACUGCCUUUUGUUUUCAUUUCUGGCAGGGUAGAUGAGGACCCUUUAGACGCAAGCCUCUGUUGGUUCUAGUGCCUGGGCAGGUGAAGCCCGUCUCCCAAAAACUCCUGGGGUAGAAUUUGGGGAAUCUUAGCUGGGAGCAGUAUCUGCUCUCCACUAGCUGUAAGCCUGAGUUCCCUGAUCUUCCUGAUCCCUGCAAGCACUUUACUGGAGGCCACAGCGUCCUCAUCCCUCGCACUGAAAUGUCCCUUGUUUGCUGGUAGGGCGCAGGUGGGCUUCAGCUUAGUCCAGCUCCUGACACUCUGAGUCUGUAUGCCCAACAGCCCCUGGCAUGGAGACCUUCUUUAGGAGGCAUUUCCAACGGAAGGCACCAGGUCCUGGAGAGAGGCUGCGGAGGUCCAGUGGUGUGGGGCUGCCCACAGGCAAGGCUCGACGCCGCUCCCCUGCAGGGCAGGCCUCCUCCUCACUGGCCCAGAGGCGCCGCUCCAGUGCACAGCUCCAGGGCUGUUUCCCCAGAUGCAGGGUGGGCACCCAAGCCAGCCGCAGGCGGUCCAGCACUGCACCCCCUGCCUGCAAUCCUCGCUUUAUGGUGGAUAUGGUGCCCACCUUACAGCCUGCCACUGUUGGGGCCCAGCUUCUGGGUACACCUCUGCUGUUGGCUGGGCUCAUGGGCAUGAAGGAGGAGGAGGAAGGGGCCCAGGAGGGAGAUGAGACAGCAUCAAGUGAUGCCAAACCAAGUACCAGGACACCAAGGCCCUCCUCACACCAGGGCACCUGGCCGUUGCUUCCCAUGCCCCGCUGCCUACGCAGAGCCUCCUCCCACCUGCUCCCUGCUGACGUGGUGUAUGGCCAUACCCUCUGGGGCCUGCAUGGGCACUAUCGUCGCCUCAGCCAGCGGUGGCCCUCAGGUCAACAUCCGGGUCUUGGGGGCCGAAGCCAAAGAGCCUCGGGCACUGCAGCAGGCCCCAUGAUACCUGCCCGUGUGCGCCCACUGUCUCGCAGACGCCAGGUAGCUCUAAGGCGGAAGUCAGCUGGACCCCAGCCCUGGAACACCCUGCUUAUGAAAGCCAUCACCAAGUCAGGCCUCCAGCACCUGGCACCCCCUCCUCCCACGUCUGGGGCCCCGUGUGGUGAAUCUGAGCGGCAGAUCCGGAGCACUGUGGACUGGAGUGAGUCAGCAGCAUAUGGGGAGCACAUCUGGUUUGAGACCAACGUGUCCGGUGACUUCUGCUAUGUCGGGGAGCAGUACUGCGUAGCCAAGAUGCUGCAGAAGUCAGUGCCCAGAAGAAAGUGUGCAGCCUGUAAAAUUGUGGUGCACACCCCAUGCAUUGAGCAGCUGGAGAAGAUCAAUUUUCGCUGUAAGCCAUCCUUCCGUGAAUCAGGCUCCAGGAAUGUUCGUGAGCCAACCUUCGUCAGACACCACUGGGUGCACAGGCGACGUCAGGACGGCAAGUGUCGGCACUGUGGAAAGGGCUUCCAGCAGAAGUUCACUUUCCACAGCAAGGAGAUCGUGGCCAUCAGUUGCUCCUGGUGCAAGCAGGCAUACCACAGCAAGGUGUCCUGCUUCAUGCUGCAGCAGAUUGAGGAACCCUGCUCCCUGGGGGUGCAUGCAGCUGUGGUCAUCCCACCCACCUGGAUCCUCCGGGCCCGGAGGCCCCAGAAUACCCUCAAGGCCAGCAAGAAGAAAAAGAGAGCGUCCUUCAAGAGGAGAUCCAGCAAGAAAGGACCUGAGGAAGGCCGAUGGAGACCCUUCAUCAUCAGGCCCACCCCAUCCCCCCUCAUGAAGCCCCUGCUGGUGUUUGUGAACCCCAAGAGUGGGGGCAACCAGGGCGCUAAGAUUAUCCAGUCUUUCCUGUGGUAUCUGAAUCCUCGACAAGUCUUUGACCUGAGCCAGGGGGGGCCCAGGGAGGCGCUGGAAAUGUACCGCAAAGUGCAUAAUUUGAGGAUUCUGGCUUGCGGGGGUGACGGCACGGUUGGCUGGAUUCUGUCCACCUUGGACCAGCUGCGCUUAAAACCACCACCCCCUGUGGCCAUCCUGCCCCUGGGUACUGGCAAUGACCUGGCCCGCACCCUCAACUGGGGUGGGGGUUACACAGAUGAGCCUGUGUCAAAGAUCCUUUCCCAUGUAGAGGAGGGGAAUGUGGUACAGCUGGACCGCUGGGACCUGCGAGCAGAGCCCAACCCUGAGGCAGGACCUGAGGAGCGAGAUGAUGGAGCCACUGACCGGCUGCCCCUGGAUGUCUUCAACAACUACUUCAGUCUGGGCUUUGAUGCCCACGUCACCUUGGAGUUUCAUGAGUCUCGAGAAGCCAACCCAGAGAAGUUCAACAGCCGCUUUCGGAAUAAGAUGUUCUAUGCUGGGACGGCCUUCUCUGACUUCCUGAUGGGCAGCUCCAAGGACUUAGCCAAGCACAUCAGAGUAGUGUGUGAUGGAAUGGACCUAACCCCCAAGAUCCAGGACCUGAAACCCCAGUGCAUCGUUUUUCUGAACAUCCCCAGGUACUGUGCAGGCACCAUGCCCUGGGGCCACCCUGGGGAGCACCAUGACUUUGAGCCCCAGCGGCAUGAUGAUGGCUACCUCGAGGUCAUCGGCUUUACCAUGACAUCCUUGGCCGCACUGCAGGUGGGUGGGCACGGCGAGCGGCUGACCCAGUGCCGAGAAGUGCUGCUCACCACGGCCAAGGCCAUCCCUGUGCAGGUGGAUGGUGAGCCCUGCAAGCUUGCAGCAUCACGUAUUCGAAUCGCCCUGCGCAACCAGGCCACCAUGGUGCAGAAGGCCAAGCGCCGGAGUGCUGCUCCACUGCACAGCGAUCAGCAGCCGGUUCCCGAGCAGCUGCGGAUCCAGGUGAGCAGGGUCAGCAUGCACGACUAUGAGGCUCUCCAUUACGACAAGGAGCAGCUCAGGGAAGCCUCUGUGCCCCUGGGCACUGUGGUGGUCCCUGGAGACAGUGACCUAGAGCUCUGCCGUGCCCACAUCGAGAGACUCCAGCAGGAGCCCGAUGGUGCUGGAGCCAAGUCCCCGAUGUGCCACCAGCUGUCCCCCAAGUGGUGUUUCUUGGAUGCCACCACUGCCAGCCGUUUCUACAGGAUUGACAGGGCCCAGGAACACCUCAACUAUGUGACAGAGAUUGCCCAGGACGAGAUUUAUAUCCUAGACCCUGAGCUGCUGGGGGCAUCAGCCCGGCCUGACCUCCCCACCCCUACCUCCCCGCUCCCUGCCUCCCCCUGUUCCCCUAUACCCCGGUCACUGCAGGGGGAUGCCGCACCACCUCAAGGUGAAGAGCUGAUUGAAGCCGCCAAGAGGAAUGACUUCUGCAAGCUCCAGGAGCUACACCGAGCAGGAGGAGACCUCAUGCACCGGGACCAACAGAGCCGCACACUCUUGCACCACGCGGUCAGCACGGGCAGUAAGGAAGUGGUCCGCUAUCUGCUGGACCAUGCGCCACCGGAGAUCCUCGAUGCGGUGGAGGAGAACGGGGAGACCUGUCUCCACCAGGCAGCCGCCCUGGGUCAGCGCACCAUCUGCCACUACAUCGUAGAAGCCGGGGCCUCCCUCAUGAAGACAGACCAGCAGGGCGACACUCCCCGGCAGCGAGCUGAGAAGGCUCAGGACACAGAGCUAGCUGCCUACCUGGAAAACAGACAGCAUUACCAGAUGAUCCAGCGUGAGGACCAGGAGACGGCUGUGUAGUUAAGGGGACCAUGGAUCAGCGAGGGACACUACCAGAGGACGGGAGCUCUCCUUGCCCACACCUCACUGCCACAUUCCUGUUGGAUGGCCAUGGGGGGACCCUGCCCCAGGGGAGGAGCCCCGUGCAACCCCCUGAGAAGCCGCUCAGAUCUAGGGCUGGACUCUGAGGAGCUGGACCCUCACCUGCCCUUGGGUCUGUGGGGAACAGGAGACGGGCUGGGCUGGCUGGGUCCCUUCAGGGCAGCCUUCCCCCGACCACGGCCGAUGGAAGGACCUGAAGGAGCUCCGCACCGACGCCAGGGAGGCCUGCUCUCAGCAGGAUGUCUGCGAGCCAACCGGUCCUUUGGGCUGUCUUCUGGGUGCCUAGCCCUUCUCCCUGACCCACCCACCCUGGGCCUCCCAGAAAUUCAAGAGCCUGCUGUAUUCACCUGCCCGCUGCCCUGCUUGGCACCUACCCUGGUGAUCCUCAUGUACCCAGUCAUUUCAUUUCGGACUGUAUGGCCUGGGGUGGGGGGUGGGGCUCCCACGGCGACUUGUUUACAGCUGGGUGUGACUCAGUAAAGUGAAUUUUUUUUCCUUU